GCUUCAGCGCAGUGCUACUACUGGGUAGACUUAGCGAUUUUGAUAGUUUGAGGGUUGGUAACCGUAAUUCCGAUCAAUAAUUUGCUAGUGCAGUCUCGGCCAGUCAAGAACAUACGUGUUAUACAUUUGUGUGUUUUAUUAUCCUAAUACAGAGAGAUGCAAGCCAAUGUAACGUUAAUAUAUCUAGGCUAAAAUGAGCAUGGCGGCGCUGAACGAUCUGCCGAUUACAGUUGAUGCUCAUGGUAGCCUGCGGGGCCAUCGGAAACAGUAACGAUCCCCAUCUUUCCUUGGACUGUAUGCCUCUGGAUGAAUUCCAUCCAUUUAUUGAGGCUCUCCUGCCUCACGUAAAAGCUUUCUCGUACACCUGGUUCAACUUGCAAGCAGCUAAGAGAAAAUACUACAAAAAACAUGAGAAACGAAUGACUCUGGAGGAAGAAAGAGGUUGCAAGGAAGAGUUACAGUGUGAAAGUUUGGAAGUUAAACAAAGAUGGGCAUCCCGUUUGUUGGGCAAGCUCAGGAAGGACAUAGCUCAGGAAUGCAGGGAAGAUUUUGUUCUGGGUGUAACAGGGAAGAAACGAGCAACUUGUGUGUUGAGCAAUCCAGACCAGAAGGGAAAGAUGAGGAGGAUAGACUGUUUACGACAAGCAGACAAAGUUUGGAGGCUGGAUCUUGUAAUGGUGAUCCUCUUUAAGGCUAUUCCUCUUGAAAGCACUGAUGGUGAAAGGUUAGAAAAGUCUGCAGAGUGCCUCCACCCAAGUCUUUGUGUUAACCCCUUCCACAUCAAUGUCUCCGUCCGUGAGCUUGACCUUUACUUGGCCAACUUUAUUUUCAGUCAUGAAACUUUGAGUGGUUUACGAGAAGGUGUUUGUGAUACUGAACAAGAUGAAGAAAGAGAAAUGUGUAGGAAUACAAUCGUUGCCACAGGAGUUUUUACUUCUGCUGAACUAUACAGAGUGUCCAAAGAUUCCAUAAUGCAACCCACAAAUGAUACACAACUUCCUCUCAACAUUGUCAAGAUGGAAUCAUCUUCUUAUUAUUCCAACAACUAUUCAUCCUCUGCAGACUACAGAGGCCUUGGAGUUGGGGGACAUCCACCAGUGGGCAUGAUUAACCCUGAGGUGACUAACCACCCAGCUAGUCCAUCGUUUCAACCAAGGAAUAAACGACUUCGAAAAAUUUCGUCCAAUGAAGAAGAGAUUGAGAAGUCUAGAGCAGACGUUAGUGGUUUCUAUGGUCAUAGUCCAACUAGUGUAAGCAGUCAAGCCUCAUGGGGAAGUGAUGUUGACCCUGGUAAUGUACAUAUUGUCCGAACAGGCAAUCCUCCCCCAAUCCACACGCACCAUAGCAAGGUGAAAUCUGAAGCUUCCAGUAGUUUUGUAUCACUUGCAGCCCACACUCCUCCAGGAGAUGUUGUUCUUCAACAGCAGGACAUAGUAAGGCCAGACAAGGGGGUUGUCUCUCCACAUUCAAGAGAAGCUUUAACUCACCAGCAUAGUUCAUUAAAUCUUGUAUCCCCAACCCACAACCUUGGCGGACUUGCACCAUCUCCAGCUUAUUUUUUGGGUCAGAAGUAUCAGGAGAAUGGGGACACCCUUUCAGACUUUGUGAACUUGGUGUGUCAGGAAACCCAGGGAAGUAGUGGUCCAUCUCCACAGUCAGCGGGUGACUCUGGGAGUAGAAGUCCUUCAAAGCUUCACUACUAUACCAGUGCUAUGUUGCCUCCCCCACCCCCAGCUCCAAUGGCUAGGCCUGUUGCCAUCAUCAGAUGUACAGAUUUGAGUCCAACAACUCCAAGUCCACCUGCCACAUCUACUAGUGGAACCUGUGUUACAUCAGACUCGGACAUCCCAGGCCCAAGCAGCACUGGAGAUAGAGACAGCAGGGAUCAGAUGUCGCCACCCCCUACGACAUCAGUGUUAGCAGUGGGCUUAUCCUCUAGUUCCCAAGAUUCAUCUCCUGUCAACAGAUCUGUGAUGAGCAGUCCAUUCACAAUGUUAACAAGACCAGAACAUAGCUUUGCUCACAUCCAUCCUCAGCCCCAGCUGUUUUCGUAUCCAGGAAUUACCCCAGUGAGUGAAGUCAUCAGUCCCACAAACUUCAUUAUGUUUACAUCCCCAGUGACCACACCUCGCAGUACUCCAAGGACUACUCCAGUACCACGUUGGAAUAACUCCUUUAUAGCUUUAGAUGAUAACAUGGAUUACAGUAUGAUUACAGGAUUGAUGCCUGGAAACAACCCUGAUACUGACCCUCCACAUAUAAUUGGUGCUGAAGAACGGUUCUUCUCCGACGUCCACAGUAAUGAUGGAGUGGAUGCAAACAAUCAGAUGCCUAGUGCUCCUGCUACUCCAACGAAGUCUCAGCCUUCAUAGAAGCUAUACCGCUUGCUCAAGGAAACUUCUUGACAAUGACAUACAGAAUGGUUGUUUUCUGUGAAUGACAGCAUUGUCAUGACACCAUUAUUAGGCCGAUCUUUCAGAAUGCCAAAGAUACUUCUAGCAGCAAUACAAACAGAUGUUUGUGGUUCUGAUCCACAGCAGAACAUUAGGAAGAUUUUGUUAGCAUGCUGAGAGCCUUUGAAUGCUGUAUAUAUUGAAGGUGUAGAGGACACGCAUUCAUUCAUCCAUCUACGUCUGAGUAACAGAAACUGUACUUUUUUUUUCCAGUC